AUGAUAGAUCUAGAUCACGCCGUCUCCCCCGCCAGCACGGCGUCGCGUGCAUUCAAUUCGCUCGACGCGCGCAGUCAACGUGACGAAUUGCAACUAGGGCCCUCUGUGCUCUUGUCCUCUCCUUCAUCCAGAGAGUCAAGCCCGUGCAGCGCCGGAUCGCCCUCCCAGCGGCGUUCACCACGAAGUAUCACCCUUGAGCCGCCGCAACUGCCAUUCUUGUCGGCCCAUCACCUCUCGCGUCGGCCACAGGAGUCCCUUGUAUCGUCCCCAGAGACACGUCGGGCAGAAAGUAGUAUUUACUACACCACAGCCUGGGGCUCCCCGUAUGCUGCACCCAGCACUCGAAGACUCUCGCUGACUCUCAGCCAAUUUGCCGGUAUCGAUUCCGUCUCUCGUGAGAGCUCUCCGCCCGCGUCUAUCAGGAUCAAUCCGCCCGAGCUUCGACGAGCAAGCGUUGCGGAAGGAUUCACGGGUCCAUCCAAUUAUAACGAAAGGACCAUCCGGGACUUUACGCAAGACUGGAUAAACCAAUACCUAUCUGGUCAGCAAAGGACGGAGAAAAGCAACUGGCUGAGCGACGAUUCCGGAAGUGAAGCCCCUUCCUAUUUCACCGCGAAGAACCACCUGGCAGACGAUCUCUCGGACGACUGGCUUGGUCUUGAAGAGGAGAAGCGCGAAAGCGAUCUGCUGAAGACUCCAACCCUUUCGGACUUUGUUGGUCGAAGGGCUGCCUUGAGAGGGAAAGCCAAACAGAACAAGCACAAGCGUACUGAUACUCUGCGCCAGGAAGACUUUUGGGGGUUUGCAUACGACAAAGACCAGCCGACGGAUACGAUGGCUGCUUCAUUGGAUCUUCACCAGGUAGCGGAGGCCGUCUCGUCGACAGAGAAGCCACUGCCACCGCCGCCUCCCGCUAAUUUAGCAGACGACCAGGCAGAGGCAGAGGUAGCCGCAGCGAUACAGCCAGGCUCGCAGCCGGAACUCGUGAGCAGGCAGACUUCGAAUCCGGCGGUCUCGUCAGCCUCACUUGCACGACCACGGAAGAAGCUUGUGUGGCGCGGGAAGGCCUGUGUAAUAUAUCUCCCUCAAGACGACCAACGAGGGUCUGAACAAGCCGGACGUAGUCUGAUGAAACGGACAGAUGUCGAAGAGAAAUUGAGGCAAUGGGAGGAGCAAGGAUGGGACGUGCGUGGAUUCUCUGUUGGAGACGAAAACGACCCUUCAGCAACGACUGAUCUUGGAGGAUUGAGCCGUCCGCUAUACCCUGAUCCAUACGAGGUAUAUGAAGAGUCAAAAGGGCAAAGGCCAUAUAUUCAGUUCCCCAACAAGGCUGUCUGGGAUGCCUAUGUCGCCGAGUUGCAGGAGGCAAAGCUACGGGCUCUGGGAGUUUCCUUUGGCGACCCUGAGCCUCAACCGUCGAUUUCCCCGGCGUCUGCCGCGCAAACACCUUUCGCUGGCCUCGUGGCCUCGCCGCCGAUUCCCACUGCGUCAGCCGCCAGCAAUCCGAUGGGACAGAUGCAUCCAUUCUCGCCGCACUUUGGCCAGCCUGUGGGCUCGAGUGCUGGCCUGGGUUCCUUGGCUUCACCUGCAUCGCAGUUCAGUGUACAGACUCCAUUUAUGGGUAUUGAGCAGAAUAUGAUGCCAGGAUACCCAUUCCAGUUCCAGCCAACGCCGCCGGCGCAAGGUGCGAUGACACCUCAGAGCUUGGUUAAUCUUCGUCAUGCCAGUGCCUCUGGCGGUCCCACUGCACUUUCCAGCCUCAAUUCGAUGCUUUCACCUGUAUCGCCUCUCCACGAUCAAAGUCAUCUCCAUGGCUUCAACGAAAAGGCUGUGUGGGACAAUCAGCACAGGUUCGACAGCCGAGAAGACACACAGCCUUACCCUGCACCUCAAACUCCCGUCAAUGCUCCAGACCAUUUCCACGCCUCCAACGUGGAAAUUGCUCACCCAACACCUCGCGGGCACGGUCACAACCUGAGUGAGACACUUCAACGGGGACUUGACCAGAUGAACCACUCCGAAUACCGUACGGACGAUCGACCUGAGCAUCUUGCAACUAGUGAACGCCGUGACCACCAGCAUGGUUUCAAUAAUGGGGUCUUCCCGUCUCACUGGCCCAUGCAUGAACUCGAUCAGCAACACCACAUCCACGGCAAUGUCCAACAGGCCCCACACUCCUUCACAACACAACCGCAGCCCCACGGCUUCUACAACACACAUUACGGGCAAACAGAUGGUCACGACGGCUCGGACCUGGAAACUAAUCCUAGUCUCAGCGGUACGCCUCAAAUUCGCAGUGCUCUUCCUCACCAGGGACCAUGGCACGAGUCCAAAGCUAGCCACCACUCAAAACAUUCACUCUCAUCGCUUAACGUUGAAGCUAAGCCAUUUGACCCAAGUGCUUCAUUUGCGUCACCCCCGUCAACUUUUGGUCACAACGCUUAUCAAUUUGGAGCGAUGGACGAAAUGGGCCAGCCCGGACUUGGGUUCACUGCUCUCCCGCCUUUUGCACCUGCCAACCCUUUGAGUACAUCGCUGCAGCAGAGCACGGUACCCAAGCUCGAGCAGAAGCCCAGCAUGUUCAAAUUCUCUGCUGCAUCGUUUAAUGUUGAAGCACCCGAGUUCAAUCCCUCGGCAAGCAUCACUUCAAAUGCAAGCGCCGAGCAGCCAUCUGGCAGUCGCACCAAAAUAUUCGGCGAUAUUGACUUUGCGGGGCAUGCGAUCCCUUCGAAAGAAUCAAAGGCCAUCCCUAUUGUUCGACCGGAUAGGAAUGACUCUGUCCAGGAUAGCUAUCACGAGCAGGAGACUAUGGAUGAUGCCAGCGGACGCCCGGUUCCUACGGACCGUCAUAAGCGUGCUCGUCGGGGGAUUGGUCAUGCUCAGGGGGAAAGUCGCUACAGUCUUUCCUCGCAGCCCUUGGGCGAGCUGAGCAACGUCCAGUCGACGGGUGCUAUUCAAGGCUUCGCCGAAGGCAAGGAAAACGCCGUGCCUGAAAACAGUAAGGUUACCGAGAGACGAGGUACUCCUGUGAGUGAGGCCACCACUUGGACUUUGUUCGAUGCCAAGAAUGAGGAUAGCCCAAUUCGCUCAGGCGAAAACACGGAGGAACGUCAGGAGGAGGCUCAUCCUCACAUGAAGAGGACUCCUGGUACCGCCCAGAAGUCCACGAAGCAUGCACGCCACGAAUCUCACAUUUCAAUCAAGAGCGACAAGCUGUCUGCUAACACUCGGCCAUUUGAGAUUGAGCCUGUUGCUUCUUCUGACAUGCCCCUGGGCACGACUUCUGCGCGUGAGGAAGAAGGCAGAGUGGCAUCAACGGAGUUCGAUUAUGACGAGUCUCAAAAGGUCAACAGCGAGUCCGUGAGGAAUGGCCUCAUGGCAUCGCGGUUCGCUACUGCAAGCCCUCCUUCUACGCAGAAUCUCGCGAAAAGCGCAAGUGAAAUCAUCAGAGAAACGCCACGCCCGAAGCCGGACCUGUCUCGAUGGCAGGAAUCAGCGGAGGAAUCGCCAGACGAGGACGAGCUCAACGCUAUCAUGGACCAACUCAAUGAUGACUCUGACGUUGGCAUUGAGCGCCAGCAUACGCCGUUACCUCCUCAGUAUGCCCCUGAAUCUGCCCCAACCAAGGAGCAUCGCUUUGGACCAGCCGAAGGCCGCAGCGAGGCCCCAAGCCCUAGUCCAGGCGGAGGCCAAAGAUCAUACAAACUUGCUAUUCCGCGAUUGGGCUCUGAUAUUGAUGUCAACAGCAAUGGGACGUUCUCACCUCACAAAAGCCUUAUUUCGCGACUUCAUUCCCCCGUGCGACAGCUGGUCACUGAGAACGAUCACGUCAGCGACUGGGAUGACAUGAUCUCCUCCGGUGAGGAUGAGAAGUUUUUCAACCGCAAUCGCUUCUUUGAUCGGCGUAUCAAUGAUCUGGUUGGCUCAGCCAUCGAUGAGCGUUUGACCCCAAUGGAGCGAGCACUGGCCGUAAUCCAGCAGUCUGUGGCUACCAUUGCGUCUGGGACUGCAAGUCGUAGAGUUUUCCGCAGCACAUCUGCCGAAAUGGAGGACAGCGAUGCCGAUGACGAGGACGACGAGGAAGAGCAAUUGAACUCUGUUCGUGAACGCUCACCGCAUUAUCUGCGCGACCGUAAGCUGGAGAUGUUGAAGAGCGUCGUGAUGGAAGCGCUGGUUACGCACGACAUGCCUAAUCGCGGAACUCAACAUUCGAGUCGGAGUGAGAUGGCUCAGCUCAAGGAGAGCAUCGCUGAACUUCAGGCUUUGACCAUCAAGAAACUGGCUCAAGACCCGGUAGGCGAUAUGCGUGAGAUCCUAGAGGAAUCUCUUGCUCGCCAUGCCGCGCAGCAGACUCCGCGACUCUCAGAGGCAGAAGAGAUUGGGGCCGACAGCCUUAUGCUUCAGAUUGACGGCCUCAAACAGAUGUUGAGACUCGCUGACGACCGUGCCGAGACUGAAUACCGGCUGCGUCGGGAAGCGAACGACUCCGUUGCUGAGCUGCAACACUUGUUGAAGGUCGCCGAGGAGGAUGCUGCUCGUCACAGCGCUGCGGCAGAAGACGCAGAGGCACGUCUUCUGCAGUUCAAGGAAGAGAAGAUUCCUCAUCUCGAGAAGAUGCAAUUCCGCUCAGAGGCCUUGGCCGACGAGAGUGAAACGCUCAAGGUCACUAUUGCGGAAUUGUCGACUAAGAAUAUUGCUCUUGAAGGCACGCUAGAUGAGUACCGUGUCUCUGCGGAUAGUUUCCGUCGCCAGCUGGAGAGCACAAAGACAGAGAAUGCGUCUUUGCGGGAGACGGUCGACGCUUUGCGCACACGCAUUGAGGACAGUAUGGCUGCUCGACAGAACUUGACUGAGAAGUUUGACAAGCUGCAAGCUGACAUGAUUAAUGUCACCUCUGACGUUGUGCGCGAGCAAGCUACUUUCAGGCGGAAAGAGGAAGAGUACCUUGCCAAGCAGAACAUGCUGCAGGCAUCGUAUGACCGCGAGGUCAAGUUGCGCGAGAAGUUGGAGGAGGAGAUCUACCACUUGGAGAAGCAGGAGAAAGAAUCAGCAAAGACCAAGUUCCUGUAUGAGCAAUCACGGCAAGAAAACUUUAAGAUGGAGGAGACUGUUUCCCUCCUCCGAGCAGAGAACCAUAACCUUCAGCUCACUGCUGCCCGUUUCGAGCGUGAGUCCAACGAGGCACGUGAGACCAGUCGUGUGGAGAUUCAGCGGAUGCGCUCAUCGUUGGAAGCCGACCUCGAAGCUUCUAACAGCCAGGUGAAUAUUGUUCGUGCCGAGCUUGAAACUCAAAUCCUUCGCCUCGAAACCCAGUUGGACAAUGUCCGGUUGGAUAACGACACCUCUCGCGAGCGCUACGAAAUGCUCCUGGAAGAAGCUAAGGAAUCGCGUCUAAAUGCUGUUGCGACUGCAAACCAGGCGCGGGAGAUGGCUCUUGAGGACCAGCGUAAGACGCAUGAACGAGUGCUCAAUGAUCUUCGGGAACGCCAUGCCCGGGCUUUGCACAACUCUUCAGAGGAUCGUCAGCGGGGCGAGGCUCACAUGAACGACCGAUUGGCCUUGGCAGACGACCGCGCUAAGCACCUUGAAGAUCGCGUAAAACACCUUGAGGAGAAGCUGGAAAUUGCGCAAUCCGCUGCCCGAGCUGCCGCUGAGGCUGCGCAAAACGCCAAAUCUAGCUCUUCCACUCACCAGGUUUCGACCUCGGCAGCACCUGUACACUCGUCUUCGCCGUCGAUGUCCUACAAGGCGGCGUCCCAGGAGCCCGAGAAGAUUUCACCUCAAGCCCUGCGCGAGUCAAUCUUCGUCUUGCAGGAUCAGCUCCAACAACGUGAGACUCGCAUUGAGGAGCUUGAGCAGGAGGUUGCUUCAGUGGACAAGAAUGCCCCCAACAAGAUCAAGGAGAGGGAUAGUGAGAUCACAUGGCUUCGUGAACUUCUUGGAGUUCGCAUCGAUGAUCUGCAGGAUAUCAUCAAGACCCUCUCCCAGCCCUCUUUCAACAAGCAUGCUGUCCGUGAUGCGGCUAUUCGUCUAAAGGCCAACCUGCAAAUGCAGCAACAGGAGCGCGAACGAAUCUCAAAUGGGUCAGGUCUGCCGUCCUUGCAAUCACUCUCUGAGCUUGCUGCCUCGCCAAGAUCAUUGCCUUUAGCUGCUGCCGCCGCCUGGGGUAACUGGCGAAAGGCUCGCGAUGGGGGCAAUGGAGGCUCAACGCCUUCUGAGCAAACACCGUCCAAGCCCAGCAAUGCCGGGACCUUCCUGUCGGGCCUUUUGACGCCUCCGAGCUCUCAUGCUCGCGCGAAUCCUCCGAGGGGGGCCCCAAAUCGACCCCUGUAUGGCGAGGCGAGGCCCUUGAGAGGUCAUGCCUCCACUGCUCGUCAGGAGCCAAGUCGCGUAGAGCCCACGGUCCGCCAGGACAGCCCAAUUUCCGAGACGCCGAGAACUCCUCCUUUGCUCCACCGCUCAAGCUACGACCAUGACGCGGAGCCAGCAAAUUACGAAGAAGCUCAAUUCGCCUCGGAUGACAUUGAGUCCACCGUUGAUGGUAUGGUCUCGGCGUCGCCAAAAGAUUCCGAUGAGGGGCCCUUUGGACCUUCCAUUCCCUCUGAGCCCGUCCUCGAGGAGUAA